UUACCCUCUUCUUUUGAUUCCAUUUCUUCGAAUAUCCGUCCUUUUUAUUUCCUGCAUACAUCUGAUAUUAUAAUUUGGGCACCGUCACCCCUUUCCUUAACGUCCUCGGGUCAUUUUAAUAAUGCAGUUCGACUUCACGCCGGCAGAGCACAGGCGCGUGGAGAUUGCAAAGGCGAUCGGUAUCCACAUGGACCCCAUCGGGCACAAGGAUCUGGCAAUGAUUAUAUCCAUCAGCAUCAUCUACGCGUUCAACCUGAGCUGGACUGCAUUUAUGAUUAAGAACCGAAACUACCCGCCGAUCAAGUCAAAGUAUCCGAAGCUGAUGGGCAUCAUCAUGGUCAGUCUUGCCAUCUGGUUUAUCGGCGACCUGGUGCUUAACCAACACGUCCACGUACGGGGCCCGGUUCUCAGUAACUGUAUUUGGAUGAUAAUCUGGGUUCGCACCUGCUUCGGGUGCUACGCUGUCAGUGCCACCAUCGCCUUGCGAAGCUAUGCACUAUAUUGCAUCUUCCGCCGUAGCCGUGCCUUCCGCGGUAAAUAUCUGUAUGGCUCGGUGACUAUCGCAGUUAUUCCCGCUGCAGCCCUGAUCAUUGUGUCGUACAGCCUGCCCAGACACUCCAGUGCAUACUAUAUCACGAUGAUUGAAAUGUGCAGCUUGAGCCAUCUCCUGCGCGGCCUGGUCCAGGGGGUACUGUGGCUGACAUGGGUCAUCCAUGGAUGUAUCCUGUUCCGGCUGCGGAACAUCACGGCGUCGUUCAAUGAAAACCGUGAAAUGGCUGUCUCGGUCAUCAGCGUCUUUAUCUUGCUGACAUACAAUACCGUCAUCCUCUAUGCGUACCCGCUAUACCCAACCAUGACGAGGACUCGUCUGUCCGAGACGCUGCUGAACCACCUGCUUGGCACUGCGCUGUGGUGGUAUAUUAUGUACUGCCCCGUGCUCAUGUGCGCGUUCCGCCGUGAGCAGUACCUCAACGAAUGGAAGAGCAAGCUGGUACGUGAUGGACUCCAGAAGCAGUACCAGAUGACUCGCACUGAUCCGUUUGCCGACUCCGAGAUCCAACCCGACUGCCACCCCACGAAGAUUGUGACUAUCCCCCGUGCUAUGGCAGCUGGCCUGAACAACUACGACCCACGCAUGUCCUUCUCGCGCCAUAGUGUUCAGGAGCAGAGCCGGGUCAUGGGAAACAGCCUGGACCAGCAGUGGUACACAGCCGAAGACAACCAGCAGUGUGAGAGCAUCACCAGCGACAACUGCCAUGUUGACGAUGACCGCUCAAAUGUUGUGCUCUUCUCACCACAGCGUUCUCAUACUCAGCAGCUCAACCACCUUGAACACAUGAGCUCGACUACCACCGUCAAUGAGAAUAUUGGGGAUCUGUCCCAAUAUAACUUCCCUAUCCCGGGUAACAAAAACAGCUAAUGUUCCUUCCUUGUUUCCCUUCAUAUACAUCUGUGACCCCUAUAAUAUAUUCGUU